GUCAGCGCAACUGGCCUCUGUGAGCAUCCCACUGGUUGCUCAUGGGGGGCAGGGGAGCAGCGGCUCCUCGAAACCGACGGUGAGGGGCAAAGCGCCGAGCUUCCCCCCCUCGACGUCAAAACCACCCUUGCUCAACAAGGGUAAGACUUCUGAUCCGCCCUUACUGGGCCAGGCGAUGUUCACAUCAUACGCUAAACCUCUGACAAUGUCCGUGUCAUCAACCAAACCCCCGGCAAUGUCUUGGUUGCCCACCACCGCAAGCAAGCCCGCUGCAGCCCCGACCUCUGAAAAGGGGAAGGGACCCACAGCCCCGAUCCCCAUAAAGGGGAAAGGGAAGGACAUCUGGAGGGACUCAUCCCCACCAGAGAAGCCGUCCAAGCGGGCCCGUAAACAGUUGAACCAAGAGGUCAACUCAGCGCUCUUCGGAUACGUCACCGACAAAUCCAACUCUGAGGAGGAGUGCGACAUGAGGUGCGCGAUACAAGUAUCACGGGAGGAGACGACCCAAGCGGUCUACGAAGACAACGGGGCGAGCAGCUCUGUUCCCAACCUGCCACGCAAGACCGUGGCAAGAAAAGGCAAGGGUAAGGCAGUCGAGACUGCCCCCCAGGCCGCUGAAGCGCAGGAGGACGCCCCCAAAGUCCUGCCCGACAAGUCCAUAUUCUAUGGACAAGGCGUGCGACCCCCAGGGUGGCUAGAGGGGGAGCAGGGGAACCAGUUCUUCUGCUUCGAAGGCGAAAACGACAGGACCUUAGUGGUCCUGAUUGGCAGUAUGGAAUACUGCUUCUCCGGCGCUGCUAGACUGCAUGCCGUGGUCCUGGAGGAGUGGAGGACUCCCACUUGGUACGCCAAGUGGAGAGAAGACCACCCUCCUGCGGCACCCUCGGGUGCCGCCAACCGUUCUAAUGUGCCUGCCCGAGGCAUUCACCCUAAGCCAGUGAAGAAAGAGGGCGAGUUGCCUCAACCCAGGCUCACUUCCACUCCGCAGGAGUGGAAGGACUGGAUCGAGUUCUACUCGAAAGAAUUCCACGGCGUUCCACUCGAGGGUGGAACUGUUAGUCUGCAUGACGUGAGGGGUCACCUCCUCACGUCGCGCCUCAACCCCACCUUCAACAAGGGGACCAGCAAACGGAGGCGUACCAUAUUCUGGUACUGCCUCUGUCUGUUGGCCCUGGUACCAGGGUUGUACCGCGAGUAUCUGGCCAUGUACACAUGGCCCAUUGCCCCAACGUUCGAACCCGUGCAGUUCGAAGGACAUGUCGACAACCUGACGGAGGACGACGUUGCCUGGCACCUAGCAUGUCUGGACACCUGCCAUGGGUUCCUGACAGAUGACGAACACGCCGUCCUCAGCGAACGCCUGGCAAUCGCAGCGUCCCCGGACGCGUGUACCGCCCUCUCACUCGAGGGACAUGCCGAGCUCGAGACAAUCGCGCGCAAGCAGGGGACCGAGCUCCCUGAUGCUGCUCCCACCUCAAUGGAGUGGGGCGUUUGGUGAGAGGAGCGCAGGCGACAAGGCGUUUGAGACGGCAGACUGCAGGAUCAGAGGGGUUUCGGGGAUGCGGGACGG